UUGUGUUCGUCUCUCGAUCAGCAGUUCCAGGUCGUCUCCUCUCUCUACACACACACACACACACACACACACACACACACUCAGCUGGUGAUGGAGGUGAUGGAGGUCCUGACGGAGGCCGGAGGAGCUUCACACAGCGGCGGCUUCAACAGCGAGUGUCUCCUGCCGCCGGACACCGACUUCAUGACCGAUGAGCGCUGCUCUCCUCAGCUCAGCGACCGCCUCUCUCUCCUGGAGCAGCGAGUCCAGAUGCAGGACGAUCAGAUCCAGCUGCUGAAGAUGGCCAUGGCGGAUGUGCUGAAGAGACUCCACAUCUCCGAGGAGCAGACCACCUCGCUCGGCAGCAGGGCUCCGGUCAAAGCUUCAGCGGGUCGUGCGGCGUCUCUGGUGUCUCUGAGGAAGAACUCCAGCUCCACUCUUCCCUCCUCUCCUUCAUCCAGGACCUGCAGUCCGAGGUCUGGCACCGAGAUCAGGACGCCCGGCACCAGCGCUAGAGCUCGACCGACCGACCGGACCCUGCAGGACACCAAACCGAAGGAAGCCAGUGCGUCAGGCUCCAAGCGUGUCGCUCGCUGCAAAGUGACUCUGCAGAUUUACCUGGUUCCGCUGGGAAGAGGGACUGGGUCAGCUGAGGAGUGUGAGGUGUGUGAGCCCGUAGAUCAGAGCAGAAGCGCGGCGGUCACUGCAGUCGUGCAGAGGAAGAAGAGCUCGAGUCUGAACAACAGGAGUCCCGUCAAACCAGUCAAACCAGCCAGCCAAUACUUCCAGAUCUGCUACUGACAGAGACUCUCGCUCACAGACAUCUGCUCUGACUGACUGAUGUUAGCAUUUUAUUUUCUGGAGAAAGACAAAGUUUUUGGUGCAGAAUUACAAUAAAAUCUGUUUCAUAUUAUGGUCAA